AAAACCUUUUUUAUCUCUUCGAAGAAUUGCUUCAACUAAUAUAUAACCAUGAAAAGUUUCUCAUUUCUUGCAGUUUUAUCUAUCUUGGCAAUAACACUUUCAUUAAGCAAGGCUUCGGACCCAAGCUCUCUUCAGGACUUUUGCGUUGGUGUCAACACCCCAGCAGAUGGUGUUUUUGUGAACGGAAAGUUCUGCAAGGACCCGAAGCUCGUCACAGUAGAAGACUUCUUUUUUACAGGGCUCCACGAGGCAAGACCACCUAAUCCAAAAACUGGGUCUAACGUAACAGCCGUCAAUGUUAACAACCUACCAGGGUUAAACACUCUUGGAAUCUCACUUGUCCGUAUCGACUAUGGAGUUUACGGACAGAACCCACCUCACACCCACCCACGUGCCUCCGAGGUCUUGUAUGUCGCGGUUGGAACACUUUUCGUUGGGUUUGUCACGUCAAACCCCGAAAAUCGCCUUUUCAGUAAAACACUUUACGAGGGUGAUGUCUUUGUGUUUCCACAGGGACUCAUUCAUUUCCAAGUGAACGUUGGAAAAUAUCCGGCGGUUGCAUUCGCUGGUCUCAGCAGCCAAAACCCUGGUGUCAUCACUAUUGCUGACACCGUGUUUGGGUCUAACCCACAGAUAGACCCAAGUUUUCUUGCAAGUGCAUUCCAGGUUGACCCUAAGAUUGUCAUGGAUCUACAGACCAAGUUCAUAAAACCAUAAUAUCGUGCUCGAAGUGACUAAGACUGAAUAAUUAAGGAUCUUGUAUUAUCCGAUUAUCAUAACAUGUCAUGACGUUAGUCAUUGCUUUUACCUUGUUUAAAUUAUAAAUGAAUCAAUAAUAUCUUUACGUUUUUAGAAUUGGAUUCAUG